GGCGAGAAGGAAGAUGAGAGUCCGCGAAAGUUGAAGUAAAAACCUGCACAACGAACAGCAACAGCCUGCCUCGUCCAUUGCGACCAGCCACAUAUCUCACGUUAAGAUGACAUAGAAUGGGUUGGGUGGCGCUAGGGCGGUGUGCGGGUGGUGGCGGCCGCCUCUCGUCCGUCCUCUCGCUGUCUCUCACCUCCCUCGCGAGCUCCCUCAUCUUUACCAUCCUCUGUAUCCUCACACUUGCCCUCACUCUUGUCACUCUCGUGCGUGCCGAAGACAUCUUCGAGGAGGGCAAGUCGGACAAGGAGAUUCUGGACAACCUGCUGCUGUCGACGCGUUACGAUAAGCGGCUUCUGCCCCCGGUCCAAGAUGCGGAUUUCUGCUGCGGAAUGCGAUGGCCUGGUGACGCGACCGGCCUGUCGAACCGGUCGUCGACCUCCUCUAACGACCCCAAGAACCAGUACAAGAACCAGAACAAUAACCACUACACGUCGCACCAACACCUUCGCACCCACCUUCGCGGAACCUUGACCGUGAACGUGAGCGUGCUGUUGCUAAGUUUGGCUUCUCCGGACGAGUCCAGCUUGAAAUACGAGGUGGAGUUCUUGCUGCAACAGCAGUGGUACGACCCACGGCUGCGCUACAGCAACCGAUCGCAAUACGAGUUCUUGAAUGCGAUUCAUCACUACAACGAUAUCUGGUUGCCGGACACGUACUUCAUAAUGCACGGAGACUUUAAGGACCCGCUCAUACCGGUUCACUUUGCCCUACGUAUAUACCGGAACGGCACGGUCAACUACCUUAUGCGGCGUCAUCUCAUCCUAUCCUGCCAGGGUAGACUCAAUAUCUUCCCCUUCGACGACCCACUGUGUUCAUUCGCGAUCGAGAGCAUAUCGUACGAGCAAACGGCGAUCACGUACGUGUGGAAGAACGACGAAGGUACCUUGCGAAAAAGUCCGAGCCUGACGUCGCUGAACGCAUACCUCAUUAAGAACCAGACAAUCACCUGUCCGAUCAAAGUAAGCUGGAGAGCUGACGGACAGAUCAUGGUCGACUACGAGGACGAGUUCGAUGAAUUUGGGGACUCAAAGUGCUCGCUGUGCCAGCGCAGGUUUGAGGAGCAAGGUAACUACAGCUGCCUGAAGGUGGAUCUGAUUUUCACGCGAGAUCGUGCCUUCUACUUCACGACGGUCUUCAUCCCGGGAAUCAUUCUGGUGACCAGCUCCUUCAUUACCUUCUGGCUCGAAUGGAACGCCGUGCCAGCGCGUGUGAUGAUCGGUGUGACGACGAUGCUCAACUUCUUCACGACGUCGAAUGGUUUCCGGUCGACGCUGCCCGUCGUGUCGAACCUAACUGCCAUGAACGUGUGGGACGGCGUGUGCAUGUGCUUCAUCUAUGCCAGCCUGCUAGAGUUCGUUUGCGUGAAUUACGUUGGCCGUAAACGGCCGAUGCACAACGUCGUCUAUCGUCCCGGAGAGAAUCCUGUCACUCAGCGGCUCCCAGCGGUGCUCAGCAGGAUAGGGAUAAUAUUGGCCAGCCCCUUGACCCUGUCGCAGGGUAAAAAGAAGCGAGAGGGCGGUCCACCGACCGGAGCUACGACAGGACCGAACGAGAUCGUAACCUGCACCAACUGUGGACCCAACCCUUGCACGCACACCACCACCAAUGGAUGCACAGCCGAGCUACGGAAAAAGGAGCCACCCCAUCCGAUAAGAGUGGCAAAGACGAUCGACGUGAUAGCAAGAAUCACCUUUCCGGUCGCCUAUUUCAUGUUCCUCACCUUUUUCUUCAUCCACUACAAAGGCACCUCGUAGACCGGCACCAGAGGGGCGACGAUCGAACAAAUUCCACCUUCGAUCCGAUUAUUAUUCGCCAGAGAUUCCAAGGGAAAUAAUGUGCCCGUUUCGGGAGGGGAGGGGAGGAUCGUCGAAGAAAAGGAAAGAAGAGAAGACAGACGAAAGUGUUGUUUCGGCUCGCUAAAAUCGAAACAUUAUCGAGAGAGAGAGAGGCGUUAGGUUGUGGUUAGGCUUCUUCAAGGAAAAUCGUGGGCGGGAGAUACUCGAAUCGGUGGAUUCGCCCCUUCCUCAUCUUUUCUCACAUGUGAUAAUUCUUAAAAAAGCACUCUUUAUCGAAAGAGCUCGAUCCUCGAGCGGAUGAUCGACCAAGGACGUACACACACACGACGAGAGGCAGAGAGGGAGAGAAUAGACAAAUGGAGAGACACAA